AUGUACAAGGUGACACCCGAUGUUGUGUUCGUAUUCGGCUUCAAGACGAACUUUGGUGGUGGCAAGUCCACUGGCUUUGCUCUCAUCUACGAUACCCUGGACCUGGCUAAGAAGUUCGAGCCUAAGCACAGACUGGCCCGACACGGCCUUUACGAAAAGAAGCGGCCCACACGCAAGCAGCGUAAGGAACGCAAGAACAGGAUGAAGAAGGUGCGUGGUACCAUGAAAUCCAAGAAUUUAGAACUCUUUAGAGAGGUACAAAUAAAUAUUGUAAGCACUUUUGAACGUCAAAACAAGAACACUUCGAGAUCGAAUCACAGCUACCUCAAUAUUGUAGUGCGUGUAUUAAAUGAGAUCGCCAACACGAUCAACCUUGAUCUUGACACCGUAGUUCAAACACAUUACAAUAAUAGUGCCGGUGUGUGGGUACAGCUCAAUGGCAUCCGUUGUGCCAUGUGGCUGCGAUCCUCGGCCUGUCGGUAUCUCGGCGCCACCGCGCCCAUGAGCCGUGGCAUACCAGUGAUCCACGGCCAUCCAGGACCGUCCAAGGCCAUUCAAGACCUCCACUCCAAACAACUAUUAUUAAAUAUCUCUCUAUGA